CCCCGGGCCCAGCCCAGACCCCGUCGCCCCUUCCUGGGCUGGCGGCAGGAACAGGACCCACUCACCCUGUGGAGGCAGUGCUAGAAGAGGGCUCCCUGGAGGAGGAGGCACCCCCCAUGCCUCAAGGCAAUGGCCCUGGGGCCCCCCAGGCCCUGGACAGCACUGACCUCGACGUCCCCACAGAAGCUGUGACACGCCAGCCUCAGGGGAACCCCUUGGGCUGCACCCCACUACUGGCGAAUGGCUCUGGCCACCCCUUGGAGCUGGGCGGCGCCAGGCGGGCGGGGAAUGGUGCCCUGGGUGGCCCCAAGGCCCACCGGAAGCUGCAGGCUCACCCAUCUCUCGCCAGCCAGGGCAGCAAGAAGAGCAAGGGCAGCACCAAAUCCGCUGCCUCCCAGAUUCCCCUCCAGGCACAGGAAGACUGCUGCGUGCACUGCAUCCUGUCCUGCCUGUUCUGCGAGUUCCUGACGCUGUGCAACAUCGUCCUGGACUGCGCCACGUGCGGCUCCUGCAGCUCCGAGGACUCGUGCCUCUGCUGCUGCUGCUGCGGCUCCGGCGAGUGCGCCGACUGCCCCACUACAGGUGGUGGGCAGGCCUUGGGGGAGGCGUGGUUGGACGUGGAGGACGCCUACCACUGA